GGAGGAUCUGCCCCCGGCCGCCAUGAUGGAGGCUCCCCUCCCAGGUAACAGGAGCUGUGGACGGGUCUGCUCCGGGCGGACACUGCUGGAUGUGCGGGUGAGACCGGCACCUAUAAGACAAUGGAUGGAUCCAGGAGGAGAAAUCCCCCCGAGAGAUGUCCCCGUCCUCUGUAUUCCCAGGACUGUCCAGAGGAGAAGCUCCCAGAGAACCAUCAGGAAAUCCCAGUAAGAAUUCCGAGGGAGACUUCACAUUAUCACUAAAUUUUAAAGUAGAAGAUCAGGAUAUCACACAGUGCUCUUCAGGAGAAAACCUCAUUACACUGAUUGUAUAUCCAGUACUUCACAAUACAGAUCCAUCAUAUAAUCCUCCUGAUUAUGAGGAACCUUCUCCUGACCAGUCAAAGAUUGUUACCACAAGUAUCGGGCAGAAAAGGGGUAAAAAGUUUCAGUGUGGGGAAUGUGGAAAGCAGGUUACAAGCAGCUCAAGUCUUUCCAAGCACAGAAAAAUUCACACAGGAGAGAAGCCAUUUUCAUGUUCUGAAUGUGGGAAAUGUUUUAUCCAGAAAUCAGAUCUUGCAAAACAUGAGAGAAUUCACACAGGAGAGAAGCCAUAUUCAUGUUCAGAAUGUGGGAAAUGUUUCACAGAAAAAUCUAGUCUCCUAACGCAUCAGAGGAUUCACACGGGGGUGAAACCGUAUUCAUGUCCAGAAUGUGGGAAAUGUUUUAUCCAGAAAUCAGAUCUUGUAAAACACGAGAGAAUUCACACAGGAGAGAAGCUGUACUCAUGUCCAGAAUGUGGUAAAUGUUUCACUGAAAAAUCAAGUCUGCUUGUACAUCAAAGAAUUCACACAGGAGAAAAGCCAUAUUCAUGUUCAGAAUGUGGGAAAUGCUUUGUAAAUAAAUCACAUCUUGUUACGCAUGAGAGAAUUCACACAGGAGAGAAGCCAUAUUCAUGUUCAGAAUGUGGGAAAUGCUUUGUAAAUAACUCAGUUCUUGAUAGACAUCAGAGAAUUCACACAGGGGAGAAGCCAUAUUCAUGUUUAAUAUGUGAAAAAUGUUUCACAAGUAAAUCAGCUUUUACUGCACAUGAGGAAAUUCACACAGACGAGAAGCUGUAUUCAUGUUCAAAUUGUCUGAAAUUUUUUGCAGAAAAGUCAACUCUGGUUACACAUCAGAAAAUUCAUACAGUAGACAGACCAUUUUCAUGUUUAGAAUGUGGGAAAUGUUUUACAGAAAAAUCAAGUCUCCUUAUGCAUCAGAGAAUUCACACAGGGCUAAAGCCAUAUUUGUGUUCAGAAUGUGGAAAAUGUUUUAUCCAGAAAUCUGAUCUUGUAAAACAUGAGAGAAUUCACACAGGAGAGAAGCUAUAUUCAUGUUCAGAUUGUGGGAAAUGUUUCACAGAAAAAUCAACUUUGGUUACACAUCAGAAAAUUCAUACAGGAGAGAAGCCGUAUUCAUGUUCAGAAUGUGGGAAAUGUUUUAGAGAAAAAGCCAAACUCCAUUACCAUCAGAGAAUUCACACAGGAGAAAAGCCAUAUUUGUGUUCAGUGUGUAGGAAAUGUUUUAGAAAUAAAUCAGAUCUUAUUAGACAUGAGAGAAUUCACACAGGAGAGAAGCCGUAUUCAUGCCCAGUCUGUGGGAAAUGUUUUCUAACUAAAUCGGAUGAAAUUAGACAUGAGAGAAGUCACACAAAGGUGAAGCCAUUUUCAUGUUCACUAUGUAUGAAACGUUUUACAACAAAAUUAUACCUUGUAAAACAUGAAAGAAGUCACACAGAGGAGAAACCACUCUGAUGUUUUGUAUGUGAACAAUGUUUAACAAGGAAAUACAUUUUUGAAUUCAUACAGAGAAGAAACCAUCUUAAAUCCAUCAGGUUAUUCAGAAAAGAGCUUUCUUUACUGUCAGAGCAGUGACACGGAAUUGUCCCUAGGAACCUUGCUUCUUCUCCUUACUGUAUUUAUACUUCCCCCCUUACUCCAGGAGAAUCCAGAGGGACAUCGUAUAUAAAGAUAAAGCUGAUGGAACAGAAGAAAACAGCAAUAAUAAAUUUAAUUUGCAGGAAUGCACUGAGCAUGGCAGAUUACUGAUGAUCAGCAUCAUUACUGUGCAGCGUUGGGCCCAUGGGUUGAAAUCUUACCACGGACAGCAUCUUCAUGGAAAUUGUAUGCUAUUCCUAUGCUUGUGACGUUUCCUCCAGAUUCUCAGCUUUGCUGUCACAUUCCAGAAACAUACUGACAGGUAAAGGGGUUUUCUGGGAUUCACUAUCUUCAGGUUAGGUCAUCAUAGCUGAUUGGUUGGGGUCUGACACCCGGGACCCCCGCUGAUCAGCUGUUUUCAGAAGACACCGGCUCUCCUGUGAGCAUUGCGGCCUUCUGUGUGCUUACCAAGCACAGUGCCAUACAUUGCAUAACGGCUGUGUUUGGUAUCACACUCACACACAUAGAAGUAAAGGGGGCUGAGUGCGAUACCAAGCACGGCCACUAUACAAUGCACAGCGCUGUGCUUUGGUGCCUUCUCAAACAGUUGAUCAGCAGGGGUCCUGAGGAUAGGUCAUCAGUAGUAAAAUCCCAGAAAACCCCUUUAAAUGGUUUCGCUGCCCUUUGUUUUCAGAUAAGUGCUGGAAACAUACAGUCACUUACUGAUAUCAUGUCUUUAGAAGAUCUGCACUGAAGUCCUUAUUGUACUGCUACUCCAACUGUCCUCACUGCUUGUACGGCUCUCGUAUCCUGAACAUGGUCACAAAUGGAGGGGCGGGUGACCAGACCAGUAAGUAUUGACUGGGCUUGGAAAGUAGUCUGAAUGAAGUGUUUGCCUACCUGCACAUGGCUAGGGGUAGACCUGCUGAAAUUACACACACAUUUCUAUGCAGAUUUUUGUGUUUUUGCACCAAAUUCAUGUUAAAAUCCGCAUGUUUUACUUGCAAAUUUUGUUGUGAUUUUGACACAGAUCUUACCCGUCCAUUCAAAAGGGUUGAAAUCCUCACCAAAAAUCUCACACACCAUUGAAUCUGCACGGCAGGUCAGUUUCUGCACAGAAGAAAUAUAUGAGAUUUAUCUAAUCCCCUACACUUUGCUGAGAAACCGCAUGAUAAAAAGGUGUGUAAUCCAAUAUUUUGUAGCCGCCAUUCAAUAAAAAUAC